AUGAAGAAGGAGGAGCUGGACUACGUGCUGGUGCCUCUGGGGCUGGUGGUGAUGGCGGGGUACCACGCGUGGCUGCUCCUCCGCAUCCGCCGGCGGCCGGCGACCACCGUCAUCGGCGUCAACGCCAUCAACCGCCGCAUCUGGGUCCGCCACGUCAUGGAGGAUCCGUCCGGGAAGCACGCGGUGCUGGCGGUGCAGACGAUCCGCAACAACAUCAUGGCGUCAACACUACUAGCCUCGACAGCCAUCACCCUCAGCUCCCUCAUCGCCGUCCUCAUGUCCGCCGGCGGCACCGCCUCCAACACUAACAACAACGGCCUCCUCCCGGGCGCGCCGUUCGUGGUGGGCGCCACGGGCGCGCCCGCGCUGUCCGCCAAGUUCUUCGCGAUCCUCGUCUGCUUCCUCGUCGCCUUCCUCCUCAACGUGCAGUCCAUCCGGUACUACAGCCACGCCAGCGUGCUCGUCAACGUGCCGCACCGACGCCGCCCGCGCCGCGCCGUGGGGUACGUCACCGGGAUGGUCAACCGCGGCUGCUACUUCUGGUCGCUCGGCGCGCGGGCGUUCUACUUUUCCUGCCCGGUGUUCCUCUGGCUCUUCGGGCCCAUCCCGAUGUUCGUCGCGUGCGUCGCCAUGGUCUGCGCGCUCUACUUCCUGGACGUGUGCAAGGACUGGGAGGAGGAGGAAGAAGACGAGGAGGAGGACCAGUGCGCUAGUGACGAGAGAUCAGGACAAGGGAAGGAUGCAGAGCAGCGGGUGUAG